AUGUCAAACGCUGGAACUACAGACCUAAGUUGGCUACCUUCAGAUGCAGACGAACAACUAGCCUUAGGGUUUAAAAUAGUAACAAAUGCAUACAAAACAAGAGUUACAUCUCAAGAGGCAGAAAUAAGAUCUCUAAAAGGACAAUUAACGGAAAAACUAGAACAAUUAUCAUCAAUUCAAAAAAAAUAUAGCAAUCUGGAAGUUCAGUUAAUCGAAUCAACACAAAGAGGAAAUCAGUUAGCUGAUGAAAACAAACAAUUAAUUACAACCAUUAAAAAACUGAAUAGAGAUAUUGAUCGACUGGAGAAUCUUAAAAAGGCUGUUCUCAAUUCUAUACAAGAAGAGCAUGAAGUGGAAGAUGCACAUAAAUAUUACUCUGCAGAUGACAUGUUGCAAACAACAGCACCAAGAACAAUGCUCGAAAUCAAUGGCAAUGAAGAUUCGUGUCAAACCCUAAUUAAUAAAAUAGUUAAUUCGGAUACACACAAUAUCAUCAAUGGCAAUUUCAAUUCGCCUUAUUUGGGAAAUGGAUCGACAGGAGAAAAAAACACAGACGGUAGGGCUUUUUUUCGUAAUGCAAGAAGUAGACUAACAUAUGAACAGUUUAAUCAAUUUCUAUCAAAUAUUAAGAAGCUCAAUAAUCAUCAACAAAAACGAGAAGAAACACUGAAAAAGGCACAAGUUAUAUUUGGAGAAACGAAUUCAGAUUUGUACGAAGAAUUUAAAGUCCUUAUAUCCAAACAUUCUUAA